UCUGUGAUGGACUCCUUCGAGCCCACUGUUGUAGUGGAGCAUGAGGCAGUCAUUGGUGGAUUCAAGUGCCUUUACUGGCUGACAAAAAAUGAAAUUGCCCAUCACACAAACUACUCAAAGCUUUUGGGCCUGGCUGAGCUUUUAGGGUGUGACUACUUCAGGAAGUUAAAGAUUGACAAAAGGAAUAAUUAUAGGUCUCAUCGCAUUAUUGAUGAUAUGCUUGAGAUCUUGGCAGAAGUUGUAGAGGAGCCAAUUCUUAGUGAUAUCAGAUCAUCACAAGCAAUAAGCCUUGAAGUUGAUGAGAGCACAGAUGUGUCGAUGUCCAGGCAGCUUGAUUUGCAUGUCCGAUACCUGGACAACGAAGGACAUGUAUUUAAUAAGUUCUUGGACUUGGUCCCUAUUCCUGAUGGCAAAGCAGACACCAUUGUGACAGCCAUCAAGAACGUAAUGCUGAAGAAGGCUAUCCCAACUGAGAAACUGUAUGGACUGGGAACUGAUGGGGCAGCUGUUAUGACGGGACGUGUGAACGGUGUGGCAAAGCAACUUACAGACAGCUUUCCAAAGAUUGUAUCUGUGGCUUGUGCUGCCCAUAGAUUAGCCCUUGCCUGCAAAGACUCAUCUAAUGAUGUAAAAUACAUGGCCACUUUCAGGGACCACCUUCAAGAACUUUAUUUGUAUUUUAGAAACAGUGCAAAUCGAACUGCAACACUUAAGGCAGCAUCUGCCACCCUGGGUGUGAGUGACUUGAAAAUAAAGGAAGUGAAGGACACACGCUGGCUUUCUCAGCACAGGGCCAUUGAAACCCUACAGAGAAAUCUCAGCGCAGUCCUUGGAGCCUUGGCAGAGGAGGCAGAGAUGAGAAGAUGUCCAGGAGCAAAAGGACUCUACACAUUUUGUGCUACAUACAGAUUUGUAGCAGCUGUUUACCUCCAGGCUGAUGUAUUGCCACACCUUGCACGCCUGUCCAAAAUAUUUCAAAAAUCAAAUGUCAACUUUCUACAUAUUAAGGAGCAAGUUCCGGUAACAAUUCAAAGUCUGAAGAGCAUCAAAGAGGGUGCACACACGCCGCUCCCUGGAUCAUUCUUGUCCCAACUUCAACAGGACCUUGAUGAUCCCCAAAGACUUGGAGCCUUUAACAUAAAGCAUGAGGAGGAGAGGAACAGGAGAGGGCAAGACAUUAAAGAAAUGCAGAGGGAGGAGCAAUGGGCAAGAUUCCAGCGAGAUGUCAUCCACCCUUACAUAACUGGCCUGGAAAAACACCUUCACAGAAGGUUUCACGAGCUGGACAUUCUUGGGGCUUUUAGUGUCUUGGGACCACAAUCGGCUGUCCCACAAGAUAACAGAGACAUUGCUAAUCUGCAGAUUCUGGCCAGGAAAUUUUUCCCUCAACAUGAGAAGGAGGUCCUGCAAGAAUGGCUCUCAUUUAAAAAUCAUGCUCUCACUGGAGCAUUUAAGAACAAGACCCAGGAGGAGCUCUUGAGUCUGCUGGCAAGUGAGUUUGAUGAGUGGGCCAACCUUUACCCCUUCCUGAGCCUUCUUGCAAGCAUUGCCCUUGUUAUCCCCAUUUCCAGUGUUAACUGUGAACGUGAUUUCUCGACCAUGAACAGGGUGAAAACAGACCUGAGAAAUCAGCUUCAAGGAGAACACCUUUCUGCCUGUCUAAGGAUCUCCAUAAAUGGACCUCAAACAGAGGACUUUCCAUAUGAGAGGGCAUUAGAAUAUUUUUUUAGAAAGCUCUGUAAAAUAGCAUGUGCAAACAAAGGUUGCAAAAUGUGCCAUAAAUAAUCAUCAUGUUGUGUCAAGGGGCAUUAUGUUAAUAAAGUUUUCAGUUUGAAUAU